AUGCCUCCUAAACCUUCCAACCCAACUACCAAAGACCUAGAAGAUGCUCUUCAAACUGUUCAUUCCCAUUUUGAAGAAAUCCUCCAAACCAACACUCAGUCCAUCAACCAACGCUUUGUUCAAGUAGAUCAAACGCUGGAAAAUCAGCUUGGGCUGCUGCAUACGCGGUUGGAUAAUCAAGCAAGCCUACAAGAUGCUCGUUUUGAAACCAUUACUUCCCAACUCACAACAUUGAUCCAGAACAGCACUCACGACCAACCUCCCACCGCUCAACCAACUGUGACUAUGUCUUCAAGUAAUACUCCACCUCCUUUACCUCCCCCUGGUUAUGAACAGAUCCUCAUCCACACAAGCCCUAGCACACCACCUUUUCAACCAUAUAUUUCAACCACAACACUGCCGUUGGGCUCCUCCAUACCUACACCACACGCAACCCUCCCAAUCCCUAUACUUACAACCUCCACAAGACCUACCACACAACCCGUUUCACACACACCGCCGAUACCACCGUUCCCGCCCCCUUACUACAACAACCCUCUCUAUUACCUCCCACAACAAUCAUCCCAACCAGUACACCCAUCCAUGGCUUUUUACAACAACUCAUCACAACAAGCACCCCCCCUACCGCCUUUUUUUCCUUGUUUCCCAGUAGCAAGUUCACCACAGCUCCCUCCCACAAAUUCUGGACCCAGCAUCCGCUCACCAAAACUAGAUCUCAUACCUUUUGAUGGAUCAGACCCUUUAGAAUGGCUAUUUCAGGCGGAACAAUUUUUUUGUUUCUACCAAAUCCCUAUGGAAAGCCGUGUACACAUGUCCUCCUUCUAUAUGAAAGGCGAAGCUUUGAGUUGGUUUAAAUGGAUGUUUCAAAAUAACCUACUUCAUGAUUGGCUCUCCUUCACUAAAGCUUUGGAACUCAGAUUUGGACCCUCCACCUAUGCUAAUCACCAAGCCGAACUAUUCAAGCUUCGUCAAGACGGUUCCGUUUCUGAUUACCAAGCUCAAUUUGAAAAACUUGGUAACCGGGUCCUUGGCCUACCGGCCGACGCCAUUUUAAACUGUUUCAUAUCUGGUCUCUCGCCUGAAAUCCGCAAUGAAAUGGCUAUUCAACGCCCACUUUCCAUCUCCCAAGCCAUCGGCCUUGCCAAGCUCAUUGAAGCCAAACUAAAAGACUCUAAACCCAAAUACAAUCGCCCCAUAUCAUCAUCUCAGUCCUGGCCCCGAACCACUACCCCAAACAACCCACAAAAACAACCCCCAUCACCAUCUUUUCCAGCCCUACCUCGACCUAACGCAUCUACCCCACCCAAGAUACCUAUUCGCCGGCUCAAUGAAAGCACCAAUUGA